AUGCAACUAUUCCUGAAUAUCAUUGUUUCCCUCGCUUUGCUCACCCAGCUAGUCUUUGCUCUCGAGAUCACCGAAAACAAAAUCGAUAGAGGCACUGUCACCCUAAACCUAGGCGAAAUCACUAUUUACCCUGGGGCCUCCUGGUCUAUCAUCGACAAUGCUUACACCAACUUUGUUGGUAAGUUAGACGUCAGAGCCGGUGCAGGGUUGUACAUCUCCCUGACCUCUCAUCUUUUGGCCCUUCAAGUCAGUUUAACAACGUUGCUCCAUUCCAUCACCAACAACGGGGUCGUCUCCUUUGACUCGCGUGUUUCACGGACUUCAUCCUCCUACGACUUGCGAGGCGUUUCCUUCACCAACAACGGGGAAAUGUAUUUUGCUGCUUCCGGCGAGUUCUCCAGCUCCACCGCACUCACUUCUGCCCUGUGGACCAACACCGGGUUAUUGCUGUUCUACCAGAAUCAAAGAACCUCGGGUACUGUCAGCCUUGGUUUGCCCUUGGGUUCCAUCACCAACAACGGCCAAAUCUGUUUGAAUAACCAGGUCUACGAGCAAACAACCCAGAUUAAGGGUUCGGGUUGUUUCACUGCAAAAGGCGAUUCCACGAUUUACAUCUCCAACGUCUUAUUGGCCGUUUCCCCCAAACAGAACUUCUACUUAACCGACAAGGGUUCCUCCAUGAUCGUCCAAGCUGUCUCAACCACACAAACAUUCAAUGUAUAUGGAUUCGGGGAAGGCAACAAAAUCGGAUUAACUAUUCCUUUGAUGGGAAAUCUCUGGAACUCAGCAUACGCAUACGACACCGUCUCCGGUAUCUUGACAUUAAGAAACCUUUUGCUCGAACAGAAGUUCAACAUCGGUACAGGGUACGAUCCAUCAAAGUUCCAAGUGGUCACUGAUUCAGGCUCCGGUAUCCCAUCCACCAUCUUAGGGUCUGUUGCCUAUUACGGGCGUAUUCCAGAAAGAGCAUUGCCCAAGUCGUGUCAAACUCCUUGCAAGCCAGUGCCAGAAGCACCAGGAACAACACCAACACAAUACACCACUACCAUCACCAAAACCAACACUGCUGGCAACACAGUCACCGAAAGUGGUGUUGUAAAUGUUCUGACAGACAAAGGUGGCUCAUGGUUCACAACCACAUCAAUGUUCCCGGCAUUGCCAAGUGACACCAUUUUAUCAACAGUUGAACUAAGCACCACCCAGUUGUCUUCGAGUGCAGAUAUCCCCGUUGAAACAUCAUCAGCUGAAGAAUUAUUAACUGAUACAGCUAGCUGGGAAACCUCUGCAGCCCCAAUUUUACCUACUGAAACACCUGUCUCAAGUCACCACUCUUCUGUGCAACACUCAUCUACUAUUGGAGAAUCUUCUGCCGAUGUCAAGGCCACACAUUCUAGUGAAUUUGGUUUUGAAACAGCCAGCGACUAUAUUAUUAGCGAGCCUUCAACGAGUGAACAUUCAGCUACUUUGUCCCAGUCGUCCGUUGCUGGUGAAACACAUUCUUCCAAGCUUGUAGCUUCUGAUGAGCCAUCAUUCGUCACCCCAAGUGAAUCAUUUAUCUUUAGUGCAUCUGCUUCUUCCCAACCAUCUGUCAGUUCUGAUUCAAUCACACUCACCACACAAUCAGAAACCACAUCGUCUGCUGGCCAAGCAUUUGUCACUUUGGCCGAAUCAGACACUGAAAGUAUUUCAUCUAAAGUCAAUACAUUAGCAUCCGUCACCAAAUCCAGUGAUAUACAAACUGAGUUCACUUCCACUUGGACCACCGCCAACUCCGAUGGCUGUAUUGUUACUGAAUCUGGAAUCAUAAGCCAAUCCGGUACUUCCUUAACCACCUUGACAACCUUCCAACCAGCAACUUCAUUAUCUGUCCCACCAACUAGUGUCAUUGAAACAGAGUUUACAACGACUUGGACCACCGCCAAACCAGACAGUUCAGUGGCAACUGAAUCGGGUGUUGUUAGUCAAUCUGAGACUUUGUUAACCACUCUGACUACUUUCCCUGCACCAUCAUCUGACAUUGUACUUGGAUCCACUUUAACUUGGGAAAGUGACAUUUCCAACGAGCCUAGUGACACAUUAACUGUUAGUGCCAGUUCAUAUGAGUUGGUGAAUGAAUCAUUGGCUGCUACCACGACCACAUCUUUUUCUUCUUCCACUAUUGUUGUUGCUCCCUCCGAAUCUGAUAUCAGUACUAGCAGCUCAGUACUGAAUAACGGCAAAACUGAUUCUGUUUCUGUUUCUGUUCCAAACUCGAACACAUCGUCUAUUGCUCAACAUUCUAAUGGCCCAUUAUCCAUGAUAACCACUGAACUGGUGAACAACAACCCGCUUGCACCUGAGUCAACUAAUCUGAUUGUUACCGCUACUAUCACCAACUGCAACAAGUCCAAGUGUUCUGAAAGUGUUGUCACUUAUAUCACAAGUGUUCCACAUACCACUGUCACUACGGGAGAGUCCAAGAAAGAUAUUUCCACUGCUGGCAACAAUGUCAGUAGUAUUCUGGGUGAGGAUGUUUCCAACACGGGAACCAUCACAAUGGCAGCAUCCACCGAUGGUACAACUCCUCUUGUGGGUAUGUCUGGUUUGAAACCAUCAGUUGUUAACAAUGACACUAACAGUGUACAUGCCACUGCUACUACUGCUGGUGCUGGUGCUGAAAAUGAUGCAAACUUGCCGACCGCAUCAGACAUCCCCGUUGAAAUUUCUGUCAUCAGACCAACUAAUUCUUCGUCUUCUGCAGCAGUUACUAUCCCAUAUGAAAACGGAUCCAAUAAAGAGCCAAUUGAAAAUAUCAAAUACUUGGCAUUGGUGGUUUUCGGAUUAAUGAUGUUUAUGUGA